AUGUCAGAGGCGCGCAACGCGGUUCAACCCGGCCGUAUUUCCGGUACAGGCGUCUACGCUACUUCUGGCGAUCUCACCGCGCCGGAGCCCUCGGUCACCAGUAUGGCCAGCCCAGGCAAUGAAUCGCAGGCCUCGCUCAUAACUCUGCACGCGGGGCAGGACCGACCUGUUCUGGUGUUCCCGAUACCCGACGCUUCGCCCGUGUGCGUGAGAUGGUCUCGCGUUCCGGUUGACAGUUGUCCCAAGCAUUCGAACGGGCCUACGUUUUGUCGUCGGUUUCUAAAGGCCAAGGCGGACGACAAGGGUAACAACGGCGACGAGCCCAAGCCGGCCGAUGAUGGACUGCCCCUGCCGCCGCUAAACAGCCAACUCGAAGAAGACCACCAUCCUACUAAUGAGAUGUGUCCUGCUACGCCGCCGCAAGUGGUGCAGAGCUGGACACGCACCCCUACACUGCCGGACGACUAG